AUGGCCUCUCAAAAUGGAAGCACUGCGAAAGACAUGGGACUGUCCCCAGCCCCCUUGAGCAUAAAUUCAUCUGACGGCCCAAAGACAGGUGACAAACGACCCAGGCUGCCAGAUUUGCCAUAUGUUCCUACAUAUGAUACUCAGAUCACGUCUGGCUAUCCUGAAUCUGUCUCAAUUCUCGACUACAGGGCUGGGCAAGAGGUACGGCCCAUACAACAAUCCCCAAAGCGGCCGAGGACAGCAUCGUUCGUCCCCGUCAAUCUUCCAGCUCAGUCCGCAUUGGAAGACAAUAAACCUACGGCUGUACACAGUCUGCUUCAUGAAACUCCACGUCGACAACUACUACGCAGCCCAUCUCCAACCAUCAGAGGAGAUGAGACGCUCAUCCGUUGCGAUUUGACAAGCGAGAUCAACAUCCAAAGAGAAAAACAUCGCAAUCUCCCUGCAAACUGUCUACAGCUCAUCAGAAAGCUUCUCAAGAAAGCCAAGCUUGAACGUCCCUCAAAGCCCAGCCCUGAAGAUCCUUCGAUGGCCGAUGACUGGCUUGACGAGGAUGAACUCAUGGAGAUUUGUGCGUCCAAAAUUGAAAAAGGCGGCAGAUCUUCUCGUGCUCUUCUCACUCGCUUGGAACGGUUUUUGUACGGCCCAUUGAUGAGUUCGGAGGAAAAGAAAAGUCUUGAACUUACCAUCUGCAUUGAAGAGUGCUUGUCUUCAUCCAAGUCAGCUUCAGACUUCAAUCUGCUCUUACUCCGUCGUCUUGAGAGAAUCGUUGAUGAUCCUUCUGCUUACGGGUUGUACGAGAGUGACAUUGAAUUCGAAUCUUUGCGCGAGAUUAUCACUACUGCUCUCUCCAACAGCUCUCCUUUGGACCGUUGGAUGAUGAGGAAGGUUGCACAGCUCUUGGAUCCCGAGGGAGUUCAUGGAAAACCAAUACAGGAUAGUCCAAAACCCAGCAGAGAAGUCACGACAAAAGACUCCAAGAAAGACACCAAUUCGACAGCGAGGAAGGUGCCCGUAAAGUCUUCGCGUUCUCCCUUCGCUCCUUCCCCAGAGACACCAGCUUUGCCUUCAGAAGCAACAAGGCGUUCACCUUCACGUCUUCUUUCUCUACUCUCUCCAACCACAACACACCUUCCUUCUUCCUCCUCCUUGUGCCUUGAUAUACCAUCAGGUUUUCAACAAUCUUCAUCAGCGUUGGAAUCCAAUCUUUCCACGCUGAAUCCUGUCGUUGAUAUCGCUGAAUUGACUGAAGACGAGAUGCGCAAGUUUACUGCCGACGAAAAGAAGUGCCUUAUCCCCUCGGAUAGAGCACGUGAGGCGCAGCGUCGCGCGAACCUUCAAGCUGCUACUUCCAACCGCUCAACUUCGCAAGGCGUGCUUCAAACUGGCGCUGCCAGUGCACCUACUACCACUCCGGGUCCUUCGAAUCAUCGCUCCCCCACAGAAAAUCCGGUUGAUACAGCCAUGAGGUCUGACCCCUCACCUGCGUUUUCGUUUCGAACUCCUCAUCUGUCUGCUAGCGCACAACCUCUUGACCACCCUGCUUCUACCGAAAUGCUAGCUUCUACCGUCAGACCCUCGCGCUCAGUCGCACCAGUCACAAAGAAGCGUUCCGCACCGGGAACUCAAGCCUUUGGUUCCGAAAUACCUAAGAAACUGCUGAACAUUUUCCUCGACAAGGUGGCUCCCAUUCUUCCGAUCCUUGAUCUUGACCAGCUGAAUGUCACAUUCAGUCUGGCUGUGGAUUAUGGCUAUCUUACUUAUGAAAAGAUUGAUCCCACGAUUGGCUUUUGCUUUGCAAUUGCCUCCCUCCUCACACGUGACCGUCAGUUGUGGAACGCUGUCGAGUGGUAUGAGGCUGCUACCAAAAAGGUAGAAAACGAUGCACAAGGAGUGGAAACCCUGGAAUGGUUCAAGAUGCGAAUCUUGCAAAUCCGCUACCUGCACAUGACUGGAAAGCUGAGAGAGUCGUUGUACAUCUCCUCCAUGGUCAUUGUGAAAGCGCAGUGGUUCAACAUGCAUUACCCCCACGGUGGGCACCUUGCCGUAGAUGAUGAUUCGCGUCAGCAGUGCCGUGUCAUCUGGCGAGCCCUUUGCAUGGCGAAGAUCUCCAUUAGCCUCCAGGUUGGAUUUUGCGAUGAGCUGUCCCCAUAUGACCGCAUGCCAAGACGGUCGACUCUCGAGGAGAACAUGGGAGCGUCUGUCGCUACAACGGACAGUGCCUACGCUAUUUCCGCUUUUUUUGAAGCUUCCGCCAAUAUCUAUCAAUACGCCAAUGAACUCGUCCACCUGGAAGAAGACCUUCGUGUGGUGCGACCUGAAUGUCCUAUGAAAUGGCUUUCCAGUGUGGAUUUGCGUGACUCGACACUCGAUACGGAAUUGUCGAAAUGGGAAGCAUCACUUCCCGAAUGCCUACGAUGGAAAGGCCCCGAUAUCACAUCAUUAACAGAAGAAGACCCUACCAUUCGCCGCAUGUGCGUCUUCACUCAUCUACGAUAUAUGUAUUUUCGCCUCCGUCAGCACCGUCCCUACUUGAUUCUGUACACCCGCCUCCUACAUGCGUGUGAGUGCAAAACCAGGCCUCACAUGUCAUCCCGGGAGAUGGAUUCUGCCCCUACCCCUAUGGAUCUCCUCAUUAUCCGUGGUUGUGCCGUGGAGUGUCUGGAUGAAGCUCAAGACAUAAUCAAGACGCUGUGGGCCCCUUCAGGCAAUGGCCAAGAUGACAACUUGCAGGCUGUCACCUUGAGCGAGCGCGUCGAUUACAUCUAUACGGCUGCGCUCGUGUUGAUAGCUGCCCGUGCCAUUCCCUUUAUUGUAACUGGAGGGGUAGCCCAUUCAGUCUCCACCCUCACAAACAUGAUCAAUCAAGCGGACAUUAUGCUCCGCAGUUGUGAAGAGGCUUGUGAGCAGUGUCCUGAUUUCGCCCGACGUAUUCAACACGCCCGGGCCUUUCUCAGUCUGCUGGGUCGCCAAUCCAUUGGGUCUCACGAUGGCAUCAUCUGUCAUAUAUCUGAUGUUAACCUCCACAUUUCUUGCUCUGUCUGGCUUAAUAUUUACUCUCGCCUUGGUGUAGAGUUUAGCUACAAAAAGUUCCCUCGUUCAAAUGAACAGAGCGUAGGCAUUGACAGGAUUUUCGGCUGGGCUGAAAGUCUUCCAUCUGAUUUUGAUGAGUGA